AUUUCUGAACGUUUUGAACAUCAACCUUUAAACACGCUGUCGGCACACACGAAAUAACCUCACAUAGUUUUGCGCACGAGCAUGGAAGGAAUUCGAUCCGAAUUUCAACGUAAGACGUAUUCGAAAAAUAAAAUCAUUGAGUGAGAAAGUGCCAAUGUUGUACAAGAUAAGACACUGCAUCAUCAGAUCUACAAUUCGUUGGAUAAAUAUUCACUUAGAAAGCAGUUGCAGAACCAUGUCGGUUACGGUGAAUCCCGUUGUUGAAUCCGAAUUAAACACUACGAAUGAAAAGAAGAGAUCUAUGUUAGACGAUAGCACUGAGAUUAAUGUAAAAGUACAAAAGGUAGAAACAGAUGGGGAAGCUGAAACACUGCAAAGAAUCAAGAGAAAAAAUCACGCUAUUUUAUUGGGUUAUCUCGGUAAAGAUUACUAUGGAAUGCAAAGAAAUCCUGGUAUGAAGACUAUUGAGGAAGACUUGGUUGUUGCUCUGUCAAAGGCAGAUUUAAUAACCGAAGAGCAUUUCAAGGACAUACGUUCAAUCAAGUUUCAAAGAGCCGCUCGCACAGACAAAGGAGUAUCUGCUAUUAGACAAAUUGUCUCACUAAAAUUACCGGAAAAUCCCGAUAAAGCGGUGAUAAAUAGUUUUCUACCCGAUGUGAUUCGUGUGUUUGGAAUAAAGAGAGUGACGAAAAAUUUUAAUAGCAAAAAUCAGUGCGACGCGCGAACUUACAGAUACGUCAUUCCUUCGUUCGCAUUUGUGCCGGAAGAUCCGAGUUUGUUAAAAGUCGGAGAAGAUGUUAACGAGGACGAGAGAAUCCAGCAGCUAUCGACGAUCGAUGGAAAACCAUAUACCGAUUAUAGAUUAUCUCCGGAAUCCUUAGACCGAUUGAAUUCGAUACUGAAGCUAAUGGAAGGCACUCGUAAUUUUCACAAUUUUACAUCGAAAGUAAAACCACUAGAUCCACGUGCGAAACGAUACAUUAUCAACUUUCGCUGUGUGAAAACAUUUGUUUCGAACAACAUGGAAUUCGUCGUGCUGGAGAUCAAAGGACAAAGUUUCAUGUUGCAUCAAAUCCGAAAGAUGGUCGCGUUUGCGGUCGCGAUUGCGAGGAACAUCGUGUCCGAAGAAACACUCAGUUUAGCAUUUGACACAAAAAAAAAAAUGGAUAUAGCAAUUGCACCUAGUUUAGGAUUGUGCUUGUGUCACGUACAUUACGAAAGUUACAAUAAGAGAUACGGCACAGACGGUCUCCACGAGACGUUGGACUGGGAGGAGUGUGAAGAAGAAGUAGAAAAGUUUCAGAAAGAUUACAUUUUAUCGUAUAUAGUGGACACCGAGACUUCAGAACAAACAACAUUAAAAUGGGUUGCCAAUUUGCCAUUUUACACAUUUAAUUGUCAACCGGAAUUGCCUGAAGAGGAAGACGACGACGUGAAACAACAAGAAAAUGGACAAUAACGUUGAGAUGUAAAAUACAUAGCUCUGUGUUACGUACGUUAAAAAAAUAUUAAAAGAAACAACGUUCAAUAUCAA